AUGCACGGCCAGGACGCCUCGCAUGGCGGGCACGACUCGAGCCUCACCCCGGAUGAGAUCAAGACUCUCAUUACCAUUGAGCGCACCGGCGCCGGCCUGUCCAUGGUCGCCAUCGCCCUGACCCUCCUCAGCUUUGUCGUCUUCAAGAAGCUCCGGACGACCCCCAACCUCUUCCUCGUCUUUGCCUCGGUGGCCAACGCGGGAGCCAGCGUCGCGUCCAUGAUGGGCUACGAUGGCCUCCGCCAAGGCCAAGACUCUGCUCUCUGCCAGGCCCAGGCUUUCAUCUUCGAGUGGUUCAUGCAGUCCGAUCCGUGGUGGUCCUUUGCCAUGGCAUUUAACGUCUACCUCGUCUUCUUCUACAACGCGGAUCCGGCUUCCUUCAGAAAGUACCUCUGGGCCUACUGCCUUGUUUGUUUCGGCGGCCCCAUGAUUCCGGCCGUCGUCCUCAUCGCCAUCCGUGGAGACCCUCGUGGCCCCAUCUACGGUGACGCAGCGCUCUGGUGUUGGAUUGGCCCAAGUUGGAGCCUUGUCCGCCUCUACUCGUAUUACAUCCCCAUUUGGAUUUGCAUCCUCCUCUCUUUUGUGAUUUACGCUGCAGUGGGCUACCAGGUCUUCCACCAUCGGAACCAACUGCUCAGCAUAUCGCUCCAUAACAGGUUUGGUGCGAAAGACCAAAGAGAGCCAUCGAGAGCGGGCAGCGGCGGCGGCGACUCUGCUGAAGAGGACGUGUAUGGAACGGUGAUUACCGAAGUCCAGGUUACCUCCGCCCUGCCGACCCUCGACUUCGCGCCCUCGGCCGCGGCGCCCAUCCGGCACACUUCGGGAGGCCUCCCAUAUAGCUCGUCUUGGACGUCGGGCCUGCACGGGGACAGCUCCAGCUUCAGCCCACGUCCUCAACGGUACAACCUUCUCGGCCCGAUUCGGGCCGCUCUGGGCGAGGCUUCGUUGAAGCUCAAGCGGCUGGACCCCGUUAAGAUGGCCUACCUGCGCACGAGCUUCAUCUUUGGUUUUGCCGUGCUAAUCACCUGGAUUCCGAGCUCGGUCAACAGGCUGUACAGUCUGGCCAACGGCGGCCGAAUCAGCUUCAGCCUCAGCGUCGCCAGCGGAUGCGUGCUGCCUCUGCAGGGUGUCUGGAACGCCAUCAUCUAUCUCACGACGAGUUAG